AUGGAUCUAAUGGAGCUGGGAGACCUGGGCAGUGGUUGUGAAGACGAGGACUGCGGCUUGGCAUCGGGCUUCCUGGAGGACUGCUCAAACCAGUUAGACUACCAGUGGGAGGAGCCUAUUUUUGGACUGGUUGAGUUAGUGUGUGUGACUGUGGUGUGCAUCCCGUUGAUGCUUUUUGGCCUGCUGGGAAACAUGCUGACAAUCCUGGUGGUUUUGCUCCGUCCCCACAUGAGAAGCUCCACCUACCUUUACCUGAGCAGCAUGGCUGUUAGUGACCUGCUGAUACUGCUGCUGCUGCCUCUGGAUCUGUAUAAGCUGUGGAGGCCCAGGCCUUGGCCUUUUGGAGACCUUGCCUGCAAGCUCACCAUGUUCCUCUCAGAGUGCUGCACCUUCUCCACUAUCCUCCACAUCACUUUCCUCUCCCUGGAGAGGUACCUGGCAGUCUGCUGGCCAAUCACGGCCAAGACCCUGGUCACACGACGCAGAACCAAGACUGUUAUUGGCUGCCUGUGGUUAGGGGCGGUCGUCAGUGCGGCGCCGGUGUUGAUGAUGGUUGGAGUGGAGGAGGUGGGGGGAGAGGAAUUGGGGAUGGGCGGGUGGAGGGAGGAAGGAAGGUGGGCAGCCAGGGAAGGAACACAGCGAGGAAUAAUUAUGGGUGACUGGGGAGAGAUGGCUUUGAUGGAAGGAGGGACAGAGGGAGGAACGUGGGGAGAAAAAGAGAUGAAGGGAUGGGAUGAGAGAGCUGAAGAGUGGCAACAAAGUGGAGGAGGAGAAACAAAAGAUAAAGUACAACCUCAGAAAACGGCACAUGAGGGAGUGGGAGGAGAGGACGAGAUCGAAGUUAAAGAGGAAGGGCAAAAUAAAAAGAAAGAAGAUGAGGGAGGAGGAGAGGAAGAGAUGGAGGAGGGACGGCGAGGAAGAGACAUGGAUGAGGGCGACAAGAGAGAGUGUCGCUGCACCGACUACGCCGUCUCCUCCGGCCUGCUGUCCGCCAUGAUGAUUCUCUCCAACUUGUACUUCCUCGUGCCGCUCAGCAUUCUGGGAGUGGUGUACAGCCUGAUUGGGCGAACGCUGUGGCUCCGUCCGCAAAGCAGCCGCAAAGACCAGACGCACCGACACACCGUCAAAAUGCUGGCUGUGAUAGUCUUGGUGUUUAUCCUCUGCUGGCUGCCGUUCCAUGUGGGCCGGACACUCUUCUCCCUCUCUCUGGGCUCCGGUUCCUAUAUUUUAUAUUAUCUCUCUCAGUAUUUUAACCUGGUGUCUUCUGUCCUGUUCUACCUCAGUGCCGCUGUCAAUCCUCUGCUAUACAACCUGAUGUCUGCCAGAUACAGGCACGCUGUGCAUGGCCUCAUACACUCACACCCCGACACACCCUCUCACACAACAAACUCUCACACAUACCCAUGCCGCCUGCACCCACUCACAGCACAGCACUCCACGACCACCAUGUAA